AUGUUUCUAAGACCCAUACUGACAAAACAAUCACUGAAAAUUGAAUAUAGAGUGUUAUUCACUAUGUCACCACAACUGAAAGGUAAACCAGAGCUUGCUAAAAUAUUGAGCUCUCGUCCAGCAAAGGCUGACGAGUGCAAAUGGAUCGGUCUAGAGAAAAUAAGCUACGCAGAUCCCAAUGGAAAGCAGAGAGACUGGGAUAGUGCAAUUCGUUUGACAAGAAGUAAUGGUGGCGUUGAUGGCGUUGGAAUUCUGGUCAUCCUGAAAUACAAGGACGGCACACCAAAUGAGAUCUUGCUACAAAAGCAAUUUAGACCGCCAGUCGGCGGUGUCUGCAUCGAAAUGCCGGCUGGACUCAUUGACGGUGAUGAAAGCAUUGAAACAGCUGCACUGAGAGAACUAAAGGAGGAAACGGGCUAUGUUGGGAAAAUUGUUCAACAAAGUCCGGUUGCCUUUAACGAUCCAGGUUUCACGAACACCAAUCUUUCUCUUGUCACAGUUGAAGUAGAUAUGACAGCUGAAGAAAACAAAAACCCCAAGUCUAAGCUUGAGGAGAACGAAUUCAUCGAAUGUUUCAAAGUUCCAUUAACAGAUUUCGCCGAACAGAUGAUUGCCUUGGACAAAGAGGGCUACAAGCUUGACGCUCGUGUACAAAACGUGGCCGAAGGUAUUCAGCUAGCGCAAAAAUAUAGAUUGUAG